ACCAUUGGGACAUUUCCCCUAAUUAGACUUUUAAGUCGCCCAGACUUUAUUAAAAAUUAAAAAACCCUUUUUUCUCAAAGGAAAAAAUGCCUAAACAAACAAUUAAACCUUCUUAAACUUAGGUCUAGUUGUAACCUUUGAAGGUUUUGAACUUUUACCAAAAUGAUAGUAUACUAUCAGUAGAUCUAUUUUAGUAUUUAUAUCUAGGUAGUACUUUUUUAGAUUAUAGUUCGCAAAACCAAUUUUUCAUGUAUUUUACCGAGAAAAUUGUGAAAAUUAGCCCUUUUUGAAAAAUGUUCGGUGUCUGACCAGAGGAGGAUAUAAUGAGCGAGUUCCUGACAAUUCAAGUGGGCCAGUGCGGGAAUCAAAUCGGCCAUGCUUUUUGGCCGAUGAUCCUGCAGGAACAUGGAAUGUACGAUAGCAACAGGACGUGGCGGAGGAACCAGGAUGAAGCCCUUCACAGUUUCUUCUACAAUCCGAAGAAUGUCGACUGUCACACAAUCGAGCAAAUGGUGUCAAAUAAAGUCAAAGCUAGGGCUUUACUUAUAGAUAUGGAAAACAGUGUAGUCGAGCGAUUUCAUAAUUCGAGACUCCGGGAUAUAUUCGACAGGGCAUGCACCCUUUUUAACUAUCCAGGAUCAGGAAACAAUUGGGCAGUGGGCCAUUUUACGCACGGCAAUGAGCAAAAGUCAACAAUUAGGAACAUGAUAAGGGCAUCUGUUGAAAAAUGUGAUCGUCUUCAUGGGUUCAUAUCACUUUUUUCCUUGGGCGGUGGAACAGGAUCAGGUUUGGGUAGUGCAGUACAGCAAAUGCUCUACGAUGACUACACAAAAGUGGACAGAAUUGUUUCAUGUGUUCAUCCUGGCGAGAACAACGAUGUCGUAACUAGUCCUUACAACAUAGCAUUUUCGUUGAAAUGCUUAAAAGAAUAUACGACAUGUGUUCUCCCAAUUGAUAAUAAAGCUCUUUUGGACAUCUGCAAUAGGAUUAUGGUCACAAAAGACAUGGCCACCUGGGAGCCUUACAGAAACAUGAAUAACAUUAUUGUCAAAAUGUUAUUACAUUUUACAAGUGGGGCUCGUUUUCCUGGACCGUUGAAUUUUGACAUCAGCGAUCUCUCCACAAAUUUGGUACCCUUUCCAGGGUUACACUUUCUUGCUAGUAGCUUGAGCCCAAUAAUGUUUUCCAAAGAAAAAGACGUUGGUGUUAUUAAAAGACAAAAUGACCUAGUGCUCGGUAUCUGUGGAAAAGACAAUCAGCUUUUAUCAAUCAAUGCUACGAAAGGAACAGUCUUCAGCGCAGCAUUGUUCGGAAGGGGUGAUAUUUCAUUAAGUUGUAUGAGGAACUAUGUUAAAAAGUUUGAAGAAAAUGUUAAAUUUACAUCUUGGUCAUACCCAGGUGUCAAAACCUCUUUAUGCACCGUUCCAACACACAACUGUUCAAAGUCAUUACUCUGUCUGACAAAUACAACAGAGAUGAUGCAUUUUUUUCAAAAAACCAAAGAAGAUUUUGACAGGCUGCUCAACAAGAAGGCGCACAUACACCAUUAUACUAGAGUUGAUGGAUUCGAUCGGUCCGAGUUUUCAAAUACGAGGGAAUGCUUAUCUGAAAUAAUCGACUGUUACCUCGCCAAUAACAGAGAAAUCACUAUACCUCGAUUUUACGUCGCUCUGUGAUAUGAUAGAGUCAAUGAGACUGGUUUUGUAAUUUAAUUUAUUUAUAAAUACAUCUUAAGUUAACAAGUA